AUGUCAUCUGAUAAAGAGUUUGGAAAUAACCAUGCUAGCAUUGGAGGUGCAAAAGAGGCAAGCACCGAUUCUGAAGAUGCCCAGGUGAAAAAAAUGAAAGAAAGGAACCAAAGGAUGGAAGAUGAAAUUAAGGAAUCUGAACUUCUCAACAAAAUAAUUAACACUCCAACCAUUACAUCAGCCACAUCUGAAGUCGAUGGACGAUCCAUAUGGGUCGGCAACGUAGACUAUGGGGCUACAUUGGAAGGUUUGAAUAAACACUUCGAACAAUGUGGUGUCAUAAUGAGAACGAAAAUUCUACGUGACAAAAUUAGCGGCAAGUCUAAGGGUUUUGCAUACAUUGAGUUUUCGGACGUUGUGUCUAUUGAAUUGGCCUUAAAACUGAAUGAGUCACUGAAUGAGAUUUUAUAA